AUGGAAACUAAAAAUUUAACAAACUCAACUAAAGAAACCACAAAAAAACCUCAACAAAAGAAAUUAAGAGUUGAUAUACCUAAACAAUUAGAUAUUAAUAAUGUAUACAAUCCAAAAUAUGAUGUUAUCCAAUUAAUGUCUACCAGACGUAAAUUAUGUGCUUCCAAGAAUCCACCUAGACCACCAAACAGUUAUUUUUUGAUGAAAAAUUGUUACAUGUUAGAGUUAAGAGCAAUUGGUUUAAGGUAUACAAUGCCAGAAUUAUGUAUCCAAUCAAAGCAACUGUGGAAAGAAGCACCAAAAGAAGUGAAAAAUCGUUACGACAAAAUACAAUUAAAAGCUCAAAGCAUCCACAAUGAAUUGUAUCCAGGAUAUAAAUUCAGACCAAAAAAAAGACAAACUUUUAAAAUGCACGUUUUCCCCCACGAAAGUGCUGCCAAUUUUACAACUUUUAGUUCCACAAAUUAUUUGAAAAGACCUUCUUCUCAAUUGGAUAAUUAUUCAUCAAUGGAAUCUGAAGAUGGAUCUACAGCCCUUACCAAUUCUUCGGAUUCCUCCAAAACUAAUUAUUCGUUAGAAAUUUUAACACCUACAUUUUUUGAUCCCUUUAAAUAUUCAUCACUUUUAAAUCAAUGUGAUCAAACUUAUAUCAAUAGCGAUAUAAAAACUUAUUCAUCUUCGAAUGGAGAAGAAUUUAAUGAAUCAUUAGGAAGUUUUGUCCCAUCUUUAGAUUUUGCUCAAAAUUUUCAACUUUUACAAUGUUCGUACGAUUAUAAUCUAAACAAAAUUUUAAAUGUUCCUACAGGCACAGAUAAUAUUUUUUUUGACCCAGAACAAUGUUUCAAUCUUAUAGAAAACAAUGAACCAUUUUAUUAUGAAACCUAA